AGCAGAGCAAGCAACGGAGAAAGGGUACAGUUUGCUUCCACGACAGUCUGCAAGAUGGCUAGCUAGCGUUAGCUGGCAAGCUAAUGUUAGCAUAGUAAACAACAGUUCUCAAAACGUAAUCGUUUACUUUGUCUCACACAACUUCAUACGUCAACUUAAGUGCACACCUUUCACAUAUGACUAUAGAGACACAUCACACAGUUGAGUAACUGACUCAGUGCUGCGACUGCUUGGUAAAAUCUCAACGCUGCUAUCUAGCCACAUUUGAAUAACGUGGCUAGCUAGUUAGCUCAUGUAAAAACUAGCUAGCGAUAGCUAGCGAGUUCUUAGCCACACAUCUGUAAGUGAUUACUUAUGAGAAGGAUGGGGUGCUCGGUAACUUGCUUGAACUGACAGUGACGCCAGGUAACAAGCAAGCGGUUUCCCCCAGAUUCUAGAAACUGGCUUGCUUAAAGGCAAACUUGUGCUACAUCAGGUUAGCCUGCUCAUUUUCACCAGGCGUUUAUUUGGUGACCAAAUCCCGGCGUGACAGACACCGUGGCGAAAUAUUUGCAGCUGGAGAAGAGUUUGCAGACCUGGGCCGGCGUUAUUUCACCAGCUAAUAUAGUUGCUAUCAAGUUCUUUAACGAAAGUUUUAGGUUUUACUGACACGUAUGGUGGCCCUGAGAUGCAAAUACAACCCUGGACACAACACACUUUACAAAUAGCUCUACGUCAAAGUAAAAAACACGUCCAAUAUUAAAUGAUAUUUAAAGGAAAAGACUUCAAAAUAUCAAAUUAUAGCAACAAAACAGAAAACAAGACAUUUCACAAAACAGUAAAUAGAAGUCCUCCCUGAAAUGCUGUUUUCUGGUUUGUUAAGAGUAUUUUCUUUCUGAAGUGUUGAGUUUUGAUUUGUUCUGUUUUUUUCUGAUAUUUUUUCCUUUUUUUAUGUUUGUUUGUUUUAUAAAACCUCUGUUUAUUUUUUGUUUUAGUUUUAUACUUGAGUUUGUUUUGUUGUUGUGUCCAGUGUUGUUGUGUGUUGAACCUUAGGGCCACCGUAGACAUGACCUGAAGGCAGAUUCCACCGAGUCGGCGUAAAGCCUUCAAGACGUCGUCAUUUUUAACUUUUUUUUUUUUCUUGCAUAUGAAUGGUGAUAUGCCACUUCACCGACAGUCAUAUUAGCUAAUGGCUGCCGAAUCGGGGAGACUACUCGCGGGACAAGGAAAGCGAAAAGCCUCACAGAUGAAGAGCCCGGAGAAGAAAAAGGCGAGGAAAUCCACAAACCAGGCGGCAGGGUUCUCCCACCUCACUGAGUUUGCGCCUCCUCCUACCCCCAUGGUGGACCAUCUGGUCGCUUCCAACCCCUUUGAUGACGACUUUGGGCCUCCAUCAAGACCGAGUGGGGCUGGUGGACCAGGCGGUGCCCCUUUUCUCUCCAGUCCAGGUGCUGGCGGAGGAGGUGGGUAUGGAGGCGGAGGCCGAAUGAGUGCAGGCAUGAACUUCAUGGGCGGACCAGGAGGACCCGGAGGUGGUCAGCCUGGGCGCAGACCCCCCUAUGGCCCUGCGUCCAAUGCCGGACCCCACCACCAGCUAGGCUUUGGAGGAAUGCCUGGCUUUGGAGCUGGAGGCGGGGGUGGCAGUGCGGGCGGAGGAGGGGGUGGAUUCCCUCCAGCUGGCCCCUCCCAGUUUAACAUGCCGCCCAAUUUUAGUCCCCCGAUGCACCCUGGGCCAGGAUUCAAUCCAAUGUUGUCUCCAGGCGGUAUGGGAGGUCCGGGAGGAGGGGGGCCGCCCCACCCUCGGUUCAGCAUGCCUCCACAGCAGCAGCACGGACAGGGGGGGCACCCAUUCAACAGCCCGCCAUUACCUGGUGGUGGAGGGCCACGCGGGCCCUUGCCGCCAAUGGGAGGAGGCCUAGGUCCUGGGAUGAACAUGAUGGGGGGCAUGGGUGGCGGGCCUGGUGGCAACAUGGUGGGUGGGGGGUUGCCAGGGAUGCCCCCUCAAGGACAGUUUCCACCCUCACAGGAUGGCCCUUACCCUGGCCCCAGUCCACCGGGGCCAGGCAAUGAGGACGGAAAAAACUUUGGGGGAGGGGCACCACCGGGGCCCCCGCAGCAGCAGCAACAACUUAGCCUGAAUCCUAAUGGCCCCCCCACUAAUAACAACACUCCUGGUCCUCCUCCUAACUCCGGCCCAGCGCAGCCUGGGCCCGGUUUCCCCGGCCACCCCGACCUCCAGCAGCCCAGUGCCAACACGCCAGGUCAGCCUCCCUCAGCACCGCCGCCGCCUAACCCCAACUCCUCCCCCACCGGGCCCCUGAAUGGAUCGGGCCAGCCCCAGCAUCCACAAUCCAGCCAGCUUCAGCCCCCCAGCAACACGAACACCCCUAACUCCAACAACUCCAGCCAGCAGCAGCAGUCCACCCCCCCUAACUCUGCCCCGGGCUCCACCUCCUACAACCAACAGAACAGCACUCCUGGUGCUGGCGGGCCCUUGUCCAACGCUGCGUCCAAUUCAGGUCAGAACAACAUAACCAACAACAAUGGCGGCAACACUCCCGGCAGCAAUCCCAACCCCCCCUCUAAUUCAACAUCGACUCCCAACACCCAGUCCCCCCUCCCUCCCGGGCCCCCCGCUCCCUCCACCGGGCCCGGCUCCGGCCCCGGAAAGCUGGGGGGCCCGGGGAUGGUGUUCCCCUGCGGCCUGUGCAUGGCCGAGGUACACGACGACCAGGACGCCAUCCUGUGCGAGGCGUCGUGCCAGCGCUGGUUCCACCGGGACUGCACGGGCCUGACGGAGCCGGCCUACGGGCUGCUGACCCGGGAGAGCGCCGCCGUUUGGGCUUGUGACCUCUGCAUCAAGACCAAGGACAUUCAGGCGGUGUUUGUGCGGCAGGGCUUAGGCCAGCUGGUGGCAGCCAACGAGAGCUGAGGGCCAGCAGAGAAGCGGCAGCCCCGAGUGGCGGCGCGUACGGACAAACAGAGACCGAUCUGACUGAGUGACCGCUGUGCCAUGCCCGCUACCUGCCCGCCUGCCCCCGGCCAGUGCUCACCACACAAAGCGACACACUCAUCGACCGUCAUGCUUCUACAUAGCACUUUGAGUGACUCUAGGUAAACGACACCCCCUCCCACCUCCAUGUGAGUCCAAACAAGAUGAAUGUUACCCUUCUCAGUUCGUCAGACAUCCACCUGCCAACCAGCAAAGCACUGACACCAACACACUACCUCAAACAGUUUGUGGCUGACCCCGUGCCGGCCGGCCGCCGACGGCUUCAGCCUGGCGUCUGGUGUGCACGGUAGCUUUUCCAACACACACAGUCAGACAUUCUCCUCAUUUAGGGACACGAUGUUGAAAUUGAAGCUUUAUGUCCAAACGGUGAUAUUAAAUAAAUGGC